AUGUAUGAUAAGAUCAUAGAAAAACUAAGUUUAGCUUCUGUCAAUUUGUUAUCAAAACUAGGUUAUGAAAAGAGAAAAAGGGAAUGUAAAUUAAAAAAUAGAAAGAAAUAUAAGAAGAAGAAUAGGAACUAUCCGUUAUUAUUAAGAAUUGAAGAUAAUGCUAAUAAGAAAGAAAAAACACUAUUUUUUCAUUAUAAUUAUAAAAAGAAACAACAAUCGUUUCUAUAUUUAUUUAAGAAAAAAAAAUAUCCCAAAAUUAAAUUUUUAUAUAAUGAUAUUAUUAAGACAUAUAAAAAUGAAAAAUUUUUAAGUGAUUUUUCCUUAGACCUUCUUCAUGAAUUAACCAAAAGGGAAAAUUGUACCAACUUUUUGAGGGCAAGUGAGGUGUACACGUUAUUAUUAAUCUUAAGUCAAGAAUUUUUAAAAAGAUUCAAUGACGAUAAGGUUGCUUCUGUUAUUACCAGUGAUGGCACCGCAGUUCCGGGUGAUGGUGCAUAUAUGUCUAAUGAAAGCAACGUGAAGAUAUUAAAAAUAAGUUGCUAUUUGCUUAAAUACUUAAUCACGAAUAAAGCGAAAAGUGAAAUGCUAGAUGACUCUUUUAUGUUGUUCUUUUUGAUAAAAUUGAAUUAUAUAGUUAACAAAAAAAAAGAUAUUGAAUAUAAAGACUUAAAGAAAAAUUAUCAUUUUUAUUUUUAUUUUUUGUUACUUUAUUACUAUCUCUUUGUUUAUAAUAAUAUGAAGAAAAUUGUUCUGUUGCCUCCAAAAAGGAUCUUUAAGUAUUCCUUCAGCAAAUUAAACGAAUUUGCAUUAGUUUAUAAAUACUUUGACUCUAUAAAAAACGAUAUACACAAUAUAAAUACCUAUGGAAUAUAUACACAUAAUAACAAUUUUGAUAAUAAUAUAAGCAAUAAAAACAAAAGCAAAAACAAAAACAAAUAUGUUAACAAGAAGAAAUAUACCGACUUUUUAAAAGAUAACUACAUAGUUAAUUUUAACUCCUUAAAAGAAAAGUGUAAUGUAUUUUUUAAAUUUAAUGAUAUUUCAAAUAUUCGUUUUUUAACAAGUAUGAGUAAGUUGAAUGUUUUGCACAUGGACUCGCACGAACAUAUUAUAAAACCCAAAUGUACACUUCUGAAUGAUUCGUUAAAUAGCUACGUGUUAUUUUUGUUGUCAGUAUUGUUUAAUUUAGAUAAUAAAAGUAGCACAGGGAAUUGCAUAGAAAUUAAGCACAUAAACGAUAAUGACGGGAUUAGCGGUAGCAGUAGUUACAAGAGUAGUAACACAAAUAGGAAAGAAGGUUGUUAUAGUAGUAGUGGUGGAGCAAAAGAAAACGAAAUAUUUUUACAUUCGUACUCGGAAAAAAAGAAGCGCACGAAAUCUCCGUGUAAUUUGUUGUUAAAAAACAUAAAUAACAAGAAAACAAAUAAGAUGAACAAAACAGUACUACUAACCGAGUUGACAUAUCAGUCGUUGGAUUAUGUAACGUUAAAUGAACACAUGUGCUACUUCAAUAAUAAGGGGAAGAAUAGUAAUGUUAGUAGUGUUGGCAGUGCCAGUGGUACCAUCAGCGGCAUUAGCACUGAUAAUAGUAGUAAUAAUAUGAUUGAAAAUUGUCUGAGCGAAAUAAUAAAAUAUAUUGAGAAAAGACGCAAGUUAGUAUAUGUGGGUAACACAAAGGACGUUGACAUGGUUUCACAAAAUAAUGAUAAUAAAAAAAAUGCAAGGAAUGAAGAAAAUAUAUUAUUUAAUAUAAUUAACAUAGACAAUAAAUUAAAAAGUAAGAAUAAUCUAAACUUAGAAAUUUUGUUGAAAAAAAUUAAUGACUUGAUGAAUAUUAUUCAGGAUCCGUCUAUAUAUAUAAAAAGUGGGCUUCACAUAAUACUAAGAAAUGUGUGUAUAAACAAGUUGAAUUCCUUAAAUCUGGAUCUUCUCUUUCUGAUAAAUUUAUACUCAAACAACAAUUUUAAAAAUAAGUUUUUUCACUAUGACCAAAGGUAUGUUGAGCCGAUCGACGUUCCACAGGGCAGAGAUAGCAGGGGAAGCGGUAACGCCAUUAGCAGCAAUAGUAGCGAUUACGUAGGACAAAAUAACAAAAAUACAGCGAAGAAGCAGAUAGAAAGGAAAGGGAGCGAAAAGGAGUACUUUAACAUUGAAAUGAAAAAGAAAUCGCAGGGUGUCACUAUGAAAAGACAAAGCAAUGAAAUAUAUAAUGAACUAUCUGUUAUUAUUAAAAUUUUUGCAAACAAUUUUUCAGUAAAGGAUUUAACGUAUAAUUGCUUUUCUGUUUUAUAUAGCAUGUAUAAAAAUAUAUUACAAAAUAUGCUCAGAAUAUCAUUUAAUUUUACUUAUUUUAUUAGUGCCGAAUUUUAUUUUUUUAAUGACAAUAUAAACUUUCUUUCUUUAAUGAAUUUAAAAAAGGAGCUAAUACCAAGUACUUUAUACUUUGACAGUGUAAGAGCAUUUACAAAUAUCAAAUCGCAUUAUAAGUAUUUUAUGCAUAUGAUAAUUCCAAAAAAAAAAAAAAAAAAAAAAAAAGGUAAGGAAAAAAAGCUAGCUAGGAAUAAUAAAUAUAUCUUGUUAACUAGCAUACAUGAUAAUGCGCCUGGAAGUGAUGAGGAUAAGGGAGUGAUAAAAAAUAAAAAUUCAAAAAGAAUAUAUAAAACAAAAAAAGUUAAAGAAGUUAUAAAAGUUAAAGAAGUUAUAAAAGUUAAAGAAGAUAUAAAAGUUAAAGAAGAUAGAGAAGUUAGAGAAAAUAAAGAAACUAAAGAAAUAAGAAAGGAAAAUCAAAUGAAUUACGCAGAAGGUACAGAGAAUCAGCAGAGUUGUAGGAAAUCAUUUGAUUCAUUUCUAGACAAACUAGACAACAUGCUAAUGGAUGAAACUAUACAGAAAAAAAUGAAUUACAAAGAAGUAUCGCUUGCAUCCUCUUAUACAGAAAAAAUGAAAAAAAAAGAAAAAAAAAUACUAUUAGAUGAGCACAUGUACAUGAUUAACAAAUUUAAUCAUCAUUUUUAUGAUGUACAUGACCGUCUUUUGCCUGUAUACAUUUACUCAAAAAAGUGCAAUAUACGCAGAAAUAAAAAAAGUAGGACUCAUAAACAUACCGAGGGUGAAAUUGGACAAAAAUGGGAAAUCAAUUCGGGAACAGAAAGGGAAAGGGGGGAAAAAAAGGAGAACAUGAGGGACGAAGAGAAGAAGAACAACAAAGAACAAAAGAAGAAGAUGGAAGUAGAUAUUGUGUUCGUACACGGGUUACGAGGAAGCGCUCAUCGUACAUGGAGAUUAGCAAACAUGUAUCAUGACGCCGAUAAUCGUCAUUUUUAUUAUAGGAAUAAUAUAAAAAAAUGCAGAAAAGGAGGAGGGAAAUUACUGCGUAAUGGUAGUGCACACGUAGGUGAUGGUAUAAACAAUGAUAAUGAUAACAAUAACGAUAACGGAAAGGACGAUGGCGGAUUCAGUAGUAUAAGCAGUAACAGUAGCACUACUGGUGUGUGGACGUUCCUUGAUAUUAAUAGCAAAGGAGAAGGAAGAAUGUCAAAAGAGGAGACGAGUAUUCAAUCGUUAAAGGGGAAAAAUGAACCGAACGAAAAAGGAGAUGAUCUACUAAAUAUUAAAAACGGUAGUGUCGAAAAUUUGAAAGAAAAAGAAAAUGUAAUUACGUUUGAUGAAUCAAGAAAACAAAUAAGACAAUGUAUAAAAAUACGUAAUAAUUUUCAUUUCAUAAUAAAAAAAAAUGUAAUUAAUAUACUAAUGUUAAAUUAUAAACAUAACCAAAAUAUCUUACCAUUAUAUGUUAAUACAAAAAUUAUAAAUAAAAACAUUUUUAAAUCUUUAUUUCUGCAUAAUAAAAAAUUAAAAAAUGACUUAGACCUUUAUAGCGAUUUGUUUUCUCAUCAACUGUGGCCUAUGUAUAUUUUAUACCCUCAUAAAAAAAAUAUUAAUAUUUUUAUUUUCAAUUAUCAUUCGCCUUUGUACCCGGAUUCUAAUUAUUAUAUGAAGGUUCACUACAAAGAGGGGAAACGCAUGAAGGAGGAGAAUGACAAGGAGGAUGUAACAAGCAACAAUUCAGUUUACAUGGAUAACAUCAAAAAGGAAAAUAAAGAGAAUGAGUCAAAUAAAGAAAAUAAAGACAAAAAAGAGAACACUAGUUAUAUGUAUUCCUAUUUAAACACAAUAAACUCUUUUUUUAGCAGAAAAGAGGAAGAUUAUGAACACUCCCUAAAUAAAGAAAAAUAUUUCUACACAGAUAGGAUGAAUUUGGAUGAACUAUCGAAUUUUCUUUUAAAGAAGUUAAAAAGUAUAAAUUUGGGUAAAAAAAAUGAUAUCAUAUUUAUAGCUCAUUCUAUGGGAGGACUAUUAACUCAAUAUGUAUUAUUAAAAGAUGAUAAAAUUUUAAAUAAAACAAAAUUUAUUUUUUUUUAUGCUUCUCCCCACUUUGGAUCACCACUAUCCUCCACAGCUCUUUUCUUUAAAACAUUUUUAUCUCCGUAUGUUUAUCAGCUGAAUGAUUAUGGUUCGUUAUUAAGUAACUUGCAGUAUUCUUUCAGGGAAAGAAUCAAAGAAAAAAAUGUAAAAGUCUAUUCUUUCUCCGAGUCGGAAAAGACUCCCUUGCCGCUUAUUGGUUUGAGCAAAAAAAAAAAAAACAAAAAAAAAAAUAAAUGGGUGUACACAAUGAUUGUGCCAAGCAUCAGCUCCUAUUUGCAUUACGCUGAUAUAUUUGUAAUUAUUAAGAAAUGCGACCAUUUGGAUAUUAGUAAGCUAAAUAGCGAAGAGGAUGUAAAGUAUUAUUAUUUAAAUAAAGCAAUAAAGGAAGUAAUGAAGGUUAACUAG